AUGGCUGCUCCGCAGAUUGCGCUGAUCCACAACGGUGCCUUUCUUGGCCUAAACAAUAACAAAAGGUUGUCUGUAUUGGGCGAUGCAGUGCUCGCCAAGGUGCUGUGCGGUGCCUGGUUUGAUGCUCGCAAUCCGAAUGGCCAAGUGCUGUCUCAGGCGCAAUGGACGCAAAUGCGCAACGACGCGCUGAGCAACGAUGCGCUGGCACGCCGGGCGUACCAGGUUGGCCUCGAUGAAUGCGUCAUUACGGCUGACAGCAAGCCUGUCGUGUCUCCAAAAAUGGCGGCCACGACCUUUGAAGCUGUUAUUGGUGCGGUUUAUCAGGAUGGUGGAGAUGCGGCCGUCCAGCGCGUCAUGCAGUCUCUCGGUUUCUUCGACCAUGAGCUCCUCACGGUAACGUCUCAAAUCCUCCUCUUCCCGUUAUGA